CUGGCGUGGCAUCACCUCGAAGGGCUAGUGGCCCACAAGGCCCGAGCCCACCAACCCUAGGGUUCUCACGGCGCCAUAAGAGCCUCUCCUCUCUCCCCGGCCGCCCGCUGCCGCUGCUUGCGCCUCUCUCGCCCGCAUCGCCGCAGGGUUCGCAAAGAUGGCAGUGCCGCUGCUGACGCAGAAGAUCGUGAAGAAGCGGGUCAAGCAGUUCAAGAGGCCACACCUCGACCGCUACAAGUGCCUCAAGCCAAGCUGGCGUAGGCCCAAGGGUAUCGACUCCCGCGUCAGGCGGAAGUUCAAGGGAUGCACCUUGAUGCCCAACAUUGGAUACGGCUCUGACAAGAAGACGAGGCACUACCUUCCCAACAAGUUCAAGAAGUUUGUCGUUCACAACGUCUCUGAGCUGGAGCUGCUGUUGAUGCACAACAGGACAUACUGUGCCGAGAUUGCCCACAACGUGUCCACCCGGAAGCGCAAGGAGAUCGUCGAACGUGCUGCGCAACUGGACAUCGUGGUCACCAACAAGCUUGCCAGGCUCCGCAGCCAGGAGGACGAGUGAAAUGGCCAUUAUUUCCGGUUGUGAUCCGCUGGUGUGCAAGAUGUUGCUGAGAUCCGAGAUUCAUUCUCUGCCAUUUUUUUAUGCUUAUGUUAGACUUUUCCAAUGGACAAAAUUCUGUUAUAAGCGGAAGAGUGAUGGCGAGGACCAUCUAGUUUUUGACCGGACAUCAUGAAGUAUAUGCAGCCUUGUGCAUGUAAUGGAUCUGAUGGUAAUGAAUCUGUGGCUCCGAAGCUACAUGCAUUUUUCUGAGGCGCAAA